CUCAAAGACAGUGAGGGGAAAGGGCCUCUUUCCCCUUGGACAGCAUCCAAAAUCGCUAUCUUUCCUUUUGCAGCCCCAACCAAUGGCUUCGUGAACUGAGAUUAGCACAGGCCGUUACUAGUGUAUAAAAAUCCCUGGGCAGACUCUGGCUCCAUUUCCUCCAUUGUUCAGAGAAGCCGCAGGCAAAGCCUCCACCCGACACCAUGGUGCACUGGUCAGCCGAGGAGAAGCAGCUCAUCACCAGCCUCUGGGGCAAGGUCAAUGCAGCCGAAUGCGGUGCCGAGGCUCUGGCCAGGCUGCUGAUUGUCUACCCCUGGACCCAGAGGUUCUUCGCCUCCUUUGGGAACCUGUCCAGCGCCACGGCUGUCCUUGGCAACCCCAUGGUGCGUGCCCACGGCAAGAAGGUGCUCACCUCCUUCGGGGAGGCCGUCAAGAACCUGGACAACAUCAAGAAGUGCUUUGCUCAGCUGAGCAAACUCCACUGCGACAAACUGCACGUGGACCCCGAGAACUUCAGGCUCCUGGGUGACAUCCUCAUCAUCGUCCUGGCCUCGCACUUCGGGAAGGACUUCACUCCCGCCUGCCAGGCUGCCUGGCAGAAGAUGGUCCGUGUGGUGGCCCAUGCUCUGGCCCACGAGUACCACUGAGCUGCUGAGGCGCUGCUGCCCAGGGGGGCUCCCAGCUCCCGGGGAAACAUCCUUUGGUUCUGCUGGUCUGUCACUGCCAAAUAAACACCAACAGCCAUGA